GUCAGCUUUCUUUCUAUGAUGCAAACUCAAAACAGUUGCUGUAUUCCUUCAAGACAAAGUUUACUCAGCCAGUACUACCUGGUUUCAUGGUUUGGUGUGGUGGACUUUCUUUGAGUACUGGAAUGCAGGUUCCAAGCGCUGUGAGAACACUUCAGAAAAGUGAAAAUGGAAUGACUGGCUCAGCUAGCAGUCUGAACAAUGUUACUCAGUAAUGCUUACUCAGAAUAUGUUUACCCUCCCUCUUGAUUGGGUGGCCUUUUCUGUGCUGUUGCUAAUCACAGAAAGUUGUGAGUGGUGGAAAUCAGGUUUGCUGUGUCUGCUUUAGGCCUGGAAUCUGUUAGCUUAUGCAUCUAGUAUGGAGCAUUUAUAGGAAUCUCCUGUGCAAUAUCAUAGAAGCAAGCAGUUAUUGAGCAAGACACUGAUGUUUUGAAUAGAAAAUGGGAAAAAGACAGUGUUUAAGUAUUUAUAUAGAAACUCAUUUUUGUGUUUCUUAGAUUACCUUGGCUCUUUAGUAGGUUUCAUUUAAGCUUAGGACCCGGGCUGCAAAAGCUUUUUAAGGCUUGCCUUCCUUCCUCUCUUAAAUCCAUCUUUGAUAAAAUUCCCAUUUGAAUUUGGCACUAAGUGAUUAUAAUUAUUGCUGAUUUUAACAUUAUUAUUAGGAAUGAAAGUUUAUAAAUAAAGGGCAGAAAACUAUAUAUUACUCCACUUUUCUUAAGAAGGAAGGAUGGGAGAUGCCUAAAAAAUUCUUUACUAUAUUCUUUUUAAUAUGAUAUGGUUUAAACAACUAUUUUGAAAAAAAAUCUACCUAUCUCUGACUUAAUUGGCAUAUGAGUUUUUCAAAGAACCAUUCAGAGGUUAUUUUUUCCUCAGUCCUUUUGCUUAUAUUCAUUUGCUUUCUAAAGGAGUGUAAUACUUCCAAAAAUCAAUAUGGAUACCUUUGCCAAACUUGGGGGAAUAUGUUGAACAAGACAUAAAGCCUGAGGUGAUUAAGCAGAAAAAUCUAUUCUUAAAAAGUUGAUUAAAGAGGCUGAGUGCUUACCCUGCCUCUUCCCAUGGCUUGUCCUGAGCAUGUAAUAAAUCUUGCUCUGUCCUUAAAUAAAAAAAAGUCGAUUAAAAUUUGUAACGCAAGUCCUUUGAGCCAAACUAAAAGUUGUAAUUACAGUAUUUUAAGAAUUCUCUGAGAAUUUUAAAGAAAUAAGAAUGUGUAUUUUUCUUAAAUUUUGGAAACUUUUAAUCUCUGACUGAGCUUCUUUCAUUGUUUUAAGUGUAUCUCAUGCUGUGACAUCUUCCCCCAAAAAGAGAUCAUUGCUGCUAACAUUUGAGUUACUUUCAAUAUAAGGCCUGUGCAAUAGUAAUAACUCAUUCCCUCUUCAAAUUUACUGCUUACCGAUUAAGACAUUUUGUUCCAUUGAUGAAACAAAUAGACCUAGGGUAUUUUUUUCCUCAGAGGACAAAUAUCUGCAUUAUUAUCUGACAACAUGCUGGUAAUUUUAAGACUUCUCCAAAUAAAUAUUUUAAUUUUUGUUCCUUGUAUUUUGGAAAAUUUUUGAGUAUUCUGAUCCCUAUAGAAAGGCUAUUUCCAGGACCUAAGGAAAAAAGGAAUUUCCCUUUCAUAGACUCAAACCUGAAAGAAGUAAUUUAGUGCAGUUGCUUAUGUGAAUAGCUACACAGUAUAUUUUAGCAAAAUUACACUGGAAAAGCCAAUGUUCUUGUAUAGAAUUUUUUACUAUUAUGUCUUACAUAAUUGUGUCUUGUCAAGAAUCCAGUGCCUUCUUCCUCUAAGCAUGCUCUUGCUCCCUGCCCCAUGCGGUGUCAAUUGAUAUUCAGCCAGACAGCAUUACAUUAUAUAGUAGUGAGGGCCUUCUGUUGCAGGGA